UAUCAAAGCGGCUGAGGUUAGAUGCAGCCAGCGCGGGGUGCUGUGUGGAUCAGAGAGGUGUUUGCGGUCGGAUCAUUGCAUAGAUUCAGAGGAGAAACCGGGAGAAGAAGAAAAAGGGGAAAGGGACAAUGCUUUUAUACCGUCUUUGAAAAAUGAGCCUUCAGUCAUAGAGGAUGCCGCAUAGAUUUCAUGAUAAUCACCGAUAGGCUUUUUUCCGAUUAUUGCCAUCUUUAUUUGGGAUUCAGCGCUCGUACCGGCAUCUCACCCUUGGACCGCAGCUAUUUCAGGGACACAUUGACUGUACAUUGUCUUUUAUUAGUAUUAUGUACUAAGCUGCUUUUGAUGCUCUGAUCAGGCGAUAUAUUGAUUUCUUGCAGCCUUUUUCCCCCCACCCUCCCUUCAUACAGGCUAAUAUCUUAUCCCUGCAGCUGGCUCAUCCCGAUGCCGUCGACUGAAUAUUAAACGCUGGAUGUGACCGUCUUAUGUUUUAUUUGGCCGCCGCAUGAAUUCUCCCACCGGAUCCUCGCCGGUGAACGCUGCUGUCCUCCUCCUCCUCCUCCUCUUCCUCCUCCUCCUCCUGCUCAGACGGCCGAUUCUCGCAGAGGGCACUACCCUCCUCCCUGCCGCUAAAGACAUUUUGAUCGUCCUCCCCGGUUCCCCCCACCCGGACUCGACCAUCACUCCGCCAGCCUCCUCGUCCACCACCACCUUCACCACCACCUCCUCCUCCUCCUCAGUAACAUGUCGGGACAGUCUUUGACGGACCGGAUCGCCGCCGCGCAGCACAGCAUGACCGGGUCUGCCAUCAGCAAAGCCGUCUGCAAGGCCACGACGCAUGAAGUCAGCGGACCCAAGAAGAAACACCUUGACUACCUGAUCCACUGCACCAAUGAGCUGAACGUCAGCAUCCCCCACCUGGCAGACACACUGCUGGAGCGCACAGCCAGCAACAGCUGGAUAGUGGUUUUCAAAGCGCUCAUCACCACACACCACCUCAUGAUGUACGGCAACGAGAGAUUGAUGCAGUACCUUGCCUCCAGAAACACACUCUUCAACCUCAACAACUUUCUAGAUAAGGCCGCACUACAAGGGUAUAACAUGUCAACUUUCAUCAGACGCUACAGUCGCUACCUGAAUGAAAAAGCCAUGUCUUACAGACUAGCAGCAGUGGACUUCACCAAGAUGAAGAGAGGGGCUGAGGGUGUGAUGCGCACCAUGAACACAGAGAAGCUGAUUAAGACUCUUCCCACCAUUCAGAACCAGCUGGAUGCACUGCUGGAUUUCCAGCCCAACUCCAACGAGCUGACCAACGGAGUGAUCAACACAGCUUUCAUGUUGCUGUUUAAAGACUCCAUACGGCUGUUUGCUGCUUACAACGAAGGGGUCAUCAACAUGCUGGAGAAAUACUUUGACAUGAAGAAGAACCAGUGCAAAGAAGCUCUGGAGAUCUACAAGACUUUCCUCAACAGGAUGACCAAACUGUCCGAGUUUCUCAAAGUGGCAGAGCGAGUUGGGAUAGAUCAGGGCGACAGCCCCGAUCUCACACAGGCUCCCAGCUCUCUCCUGGAGGCUCUGGAGCAGCAUCUAGCCUCUCUGGAGGGCAGGAAGCUCAAGGACCUCUCCACCGCCAGCAGAUCCAGCACCUUGUCCAGUGCAGUGUCCUCUCUCUCCAGCACUGGGAUCUCUCUCAGCCGUAUGGACGACAAGACAGAAGACAACAGGCUGCAGCAACACAAGGAGGACGUUCAUAAGGUGAUCGACAUUCAGACACCCAAUGCGUCACCAAGCACCCAGUCAGUGGGCAGUGCCAACAGCAGCGGAGGGGCCACAGAUCUCUUCUCCAACUCACCCAUCGUAACCGUCAACAACCAUGUGCCAAACCUGACCAGUGAGCUGUUCACCCUGCAGCCAAACUUCACCCCCAUCCAGACCACACACACUGUGCCCAACAAUAACAAUGCCUGGGGAGGUGACCUGCUAAAGCCAGCUCCACCCACUCAGAUUCACAGCCCUGGAGCCCCAUUGCACUCUGGGAAAAUGCUGCCCAAUGAUUUGGACUCUUCAUUAGCCAACCUCGUUGGCAACCUGCAGUUUGGGGGUCCAGCUAAAAAGCCGGAGCUCCAGUGGAGUCAGCUGGUAGAGAAGAAGCCAACAGGAGGAAGUGGCUGGCAGUCAAAGACCAUGUGCAACAGCACCAACUGGACUCACACCACCCAUCCCAUGGCACCUGCACCCAUGCCCGUCCCUCAGAUGAAUGGGAUGAUCUAUACUGGCUAUGCUCCAGCACCAAUGGCUUUUCCUAUGACGACACCCCAAGUGCCUGUGUAUGGAAUGCUCCCUCCUCAGAUGAGUCAUCAGAUGGGGGGCGUUCCCAUGAUGCCCCCACAGCCUGUCAUGUACAACCAGCCUGUCCUGAGACCCACCAAUCCCUUUGGACCCAUCCCGGGGACACAGAUGCACUUCAUGUAGGAUGAUGUUGUAACCAUGGCAGCAAAGCCGAGAGAGAGAAGGCGAGAGGAAAGAGAUGGAGAGAAAGAGUCGAAGAAAACAAAUCCAGAACCAAAUCCAGAGGCAGAGGAAGAAAGAAGACAGAGAGGAAAAGGGAGGGGAGAGGAAUAGGGCGAGAGGACCAGAGGACGGAUAAAAGAAGAAAUGCUGAUAUCUGUUUCCAUGUCGCCUGACCCUCUAAUCUCCUCUCCUCUCUCCAUGUGGCUACUGAUCUCUCUGUCUUUGAAUCUAUUAUGCCGAGGCACCAGAGGCUCUGCAUCAAUCCCAACUCAUUUGCCAAUUCAAGCGGCGAUUACGACCUGCGAUGACGCUACGAAGACUGACAGCUCUAUGGAAGUGCAGAAGCUCUAUUGCCACUUACUGACCUCCUCAUCCCGAUAAUUUCCUGUACAAAAAAACUUACCCACUUCCCUCUCCAUCCCACAACCGAAUCAAACUCGGAGGGCACGCGUCUCUUUCUCUGAUUGGAUUGUUUGCUGGCACUUUAUUCAAUGUGAACUUUGCCAAGGGUGUAUGUCUGUGUAGGUGAUUUUAGCAUCUUGUUCAGAUUGGUUCCCCCCAGUGAGUGUCAUCCAUCACCUGAUGUCAGAUUAAUUGAUUUGAAUGCGUGUGUGCGUGUUCCUUUUUCUACAUUUAAAUGUGCUGCAUCAACAUUACCUUUUGAGUCUUUUUAUGAGCUCCAUUUGUUCUUAAUUGCCAACUUCACAUCAAGAAUCCGGCGUGGAACGAUAAUUUUGCAGGCACGCUUGUGUGUGUGUGUGGUGUGUGUGUGUGUGUGUGUGUGUGUGUGUGUGUGUGUGUGUGUGUGGAUGGACGUGGCUGUGUAGGGUAUGUACUGUAUGUGUUUCUCUUUUGGUACCUGAUGUCAUUACUGUGUUGCCAGGUACCAAUGUGUUACUGCACUGGAACUGAUGAAAGCACUGAGCCAGACCCAGGCAUCGCAUUUGGAUGUAAAACCUCUUACACUAACUUUGCUACUUGGGGACGUGCUGUACACACUGUGUAUUUUUUUUUUUCUUUUUUUGCUCCUCUACAGCUGUGCAAUAUCAUGCAACCUCUUACUGUCUUCUCCACCCAUCUGUAGGCUGUUUAGAAGCUGUUUCCUGCUGUCGUGUUGUACUUCUUGUGUGUCCACAUCAGGUUUCUGUACAAAAAGCUGUUGUUUUCUGUUUUUUUUAUUAAUUUUUUUUAAACCUGUUUUGUUAUACCUGUACUGCUCUAAAAGUAGUGACAAAUGCACUGAGAGCCAGAUAGAGAGGUGACUGGAUAUUAGUGAGGAGGCAAGUAUCAGUCUGACCAAUCAGAAAUGGUCUAACUCCCAAUUGUAUGAUGUCCUUCCCGUCCUGAGCAUUCGUCCUGUCUCAAAUUAGUCUCCAGUGAAGUCCUUUACACUCCAGAAAAAACUGGAUAAGGGUAAUUACCGCAGCAUGUCUCACCUCCUCUUGGAGGAAAAAGACACUGCUUACACAGAGAGGGGUUUGCUAAUGUAGUGUUAACAUUUAUGGACAGGACAGCUAAAGGUCAGUCGGAAGAGUCAAAUGAGGACCAGACUGUUGGAAAGCAACUGAGGGUUAUGUCUGUCGAUCACGACCCUAGUAAAGCCUGCAGUGACGACGUACAGAUGAAUUCAGACAGAGAUGGGAGGCUUAAAUGAGACGUUAAAUGUUAAUGUGGCUUUUCUGGCAGAUCCAAGGUCAAGUUAGACCCACAGACAGACGAUAUAUAUAUAUAGCACAAACCUUCGAAGAGGGGACAAACGCUCUGCUGCACAAAAACCUAAAAUCAUUGCUGGGAUGUACAGUUGAAAGGGGCAAUAAUCGAUUGGGGAUGAAGUCGUUUUCUAUUGAUUGUGUCUGUUCUAUGUACAUGUACUGUAUGUGUGUUUGUGUGCACAUGCCUUCCCAUAGAGAUAAACAGGGUCAUGUUCCUCGGUUAGAAAUGAAAGGUCUCUAGUGAGCUGGUAGCGUGUACUAACUUAGCAGUGAGUGUUAUUGUAACCGUGUCUCAGUCUGUACAACCCAACAUCAAAUUAAGGAGGCUCUAGGAUCACUCAUCUGCUAUAAAAAGCAAAAAAACAUCAACAAAAAAAAGCCCCCAGUCAUCGGACCUGGAAUCUCAAA